AUGACACGCCCUCCGAAGCCCCGGCCGGGGGUCGGGCCCCUCUCCGGCGCCGCCGCUCCCGGGGCAGCCUCCGGCUCCCGCAGAACCUCCUCGUCCGCCUCCUUCCACGCCGGAGCCCCGAUCCCGACCCUCAUCACCUUCCGCCGCCUCUCCUCCUCCUCGGUCAUCUCCCCUUCGGCGCACCGCUACCAGACGUUCGCCGCGCCCAAGCUCGCCGUCGAGCCCGCCAUCCCCUCGUCUCGCGCCUCCCCCGAGUCGUCUCGCUCGUCGGCCUCGUCCAUCUCCUCGGCCGCAUCAUCCUCUGACGGCGACGGGAGGAGGCACGAGACGCCGCUCCCCGUCCGCCAGCUCCUCCUCCUCGCCUUCCUCUCCCUCUCGGAGCAGACGGCUCUCAACUCCAUUUCUCCAUACCUCCCCGAGAUGGUCGUGUCCAUGCCCGGCAUCCCGCGAGAUGACGUUGGCCUCUACGUCGGCAUCCUUGCCUCAGCCUUCGCGCUGGCCCAACUGUCCACUAACUUCCUCUGGGGCUACGCCUCCGACCUGGUCGGCCGGAAACCCGUCCUGCUAGCCGGUACCGCCUUCCUCAUGGCCUGCUUCUGCGUCUUCGGCUUCUGCCGCCAGUACUGGCAGGUUGUUGUCGUCCACGUCGCCAUGGGCCUGCUCAACGGCAACGCCGCCUGCGUCCCCACCGUCCUCGGAGAAGUCACGGACCGCUCGAACCAGAGCAGAGCCUUCACUUACCUGCCCGUUAUAUACUCACUUGGCAGCAUCACGGGGCCUGCGCUGGGCGGCAUCCUCGUCGGAAAGGUGUGGGGCGAUGCCUUUCCCUUCCUCGGACCCAACGUCCUCGGCGCCGCCAUGCUGGCCGCGAGCGUCGUAGUCGUCGGCAUUUGGUUCGAGGAGACGCUUGAGGACAGUGAUGCCGACGAUGGCCCUUGGCGACCGCAGUGGAUCACCGCGCUCACGGCUUGGUUCCGUCGGCCUGCAAAGCGUCCGUCCCUGAACCGCAACUCGUGGAGCUCUCGGUGGCCCACAAAUAGCCAGCUGCGCCAGCCGCUUCUACACGCCUCCUCACCGCCUGACUCUGACGACGAGGAACAGGAUGAAGACGAGACCGAGGUGGCAUCUGGUACUUCUGACUCGGCCGGCAAGCAGCAGUCGCCCUCGUCGUCAUCGCCGCCCACACUCCGUGCCGACAUGGCCAAUGGUGACGGCAAUGGUCAGCCCUGGCGCGAGAUCCUCAACCGCACAACUCUCACACUUCUCGUCACCUAUCUCGUCUUCCAGCUCUCCAACAUCUCCUACAACUCACUCUACCCCAUCUUUGCCUCCUCGCAGCCACCCACGGGCCGCGGCCUCUCCCCCGGUUUAAUCGGGCUCAGCCUGAGUCUGGCGGGGGUAGCCACCAUCGUAUUCCAGGCUUUUCUGUACCAGCCCCUCAAGGCCCGCAUCGGCAGCCUCGGCGCUUACCGGCUGUCUCUCUGGGGCAUCGCCCUGAGCAUGGUUCUCAUGCCCUGGGUGGGAUACACAGACGACGAACCGCUCUUUGGCGUCGGCAGCGCAAGGGGCUGGCUGUACGCAGAACUGGGCGUCGUGCUCAUUCUGAAGAACAUCUGCGCCGUUGGCGGCCUGUCGAGCGUGAUGCUCCUCAUUACCAACUCGGCGCCGUCGCAUGCCAGCCUCGGUACGCUUAACGGCGUGGCGCAGACGCUCUCCGCCCUCGGCCGCAGCAUCGGCCCCUUUGUCAGCGGCGGCCUCUUCACCCUCUCGACGGGCGUGCGCCCCAAGGGUGAGGCUCUUGCGUGGAGUGUCUUCGGCGGGCUCGCGCUCAUCGGCGCCGUCGGUGCCCUCUUUAUCCGCGGCGACGGGCUUGAGAGCGAGGACUGGGACAGCGAGGAAGAGGAGGACGAAGAGUCGGGCAAUGAGCACCGCGGACGACGAAAUGAUGACAGCGUAUAG